AUGGCUAUCAGGAUUGAAGAGAGCCCUACGAGAGGCACGUUGCCGGAACUCGAACCGGUCAAAUCCCGGCCCAAGCAGAGCAUGUGGCGGCACAAAUUCAACCGAUUUUUUGGUAAAGAUGGCAGCCCAACUCCAAGUCCAAGCCCCCAAGCAACAACAAACAAAGUGGGUGAAAACCAGGAAUCAGCUAUACGGCGAGAUUUUGGCAGAAGAGUAGGAGUUGGACUACCUCGACCACCGACAUUCAGGAGACAGAACUCAGAAAAGCGGGAUCGGUUAGAACCGGGCCCAACAGAAAGACGAGCAGUGUCCGCCCACCGGCAACAGAGGGCUGCCAGCGCACAUCAGCCACGGUCAAGAUCUUCACCAUCACCAACCAUACCUGGCCCAGUGUCUGCUCCCUCACUCUCCCCAAGUAACAGCACUCCGGAUCAAUCAGGCUUCACAGAUGGUAUCGCCUCUCAGAAAGCUUCGUCGGAAGCGUCCAGCCUUCAUAAUGGCACAACGGACAAAUCUCUUAGGCCUUAUGGGUCACGAUCACAGUCGUCGUCAGACACAUUCGAUGAACUUGCUCGAGACGAGAAGGAGCAGAUCGACCACGAGCUGGACACGAAGUGGAUCCUCAACCUAAGUAUGCAUUUUCGAGAUAAAUCGGACCGGGAAAAGUUCUUUGUCACUUUCGCAGAAGAGCCUAACCGAUGGCGAAGGGUGACCAUAUCUUGUGACUAUCGCACUGCCGAGCCUGACUCCCUGGAGAUGGAUCUGAAGGAGCUCCGAUAUCAACGAGAUAAGAAUGCGCAGAUAUAUGAGUCGAUACGAGACUCACUUUCCUCAAUUCAAUUCUAUAAUACGGUGACUAAUCUGAAGUUAGAGACUGAAGGUGGUCGUCUUCAUGUUCAUGUAACGGAAGACGUCAAUGAAAUCAUCCCGUACCCGCCACGACUCAGUGUGCAACAUAUCCUUGCGGACAGAACCCACCCUAUCAGAGAGGCUCGAGAACGCGAAAUAAACUUUCUGUCACAUCUCUCUGGCUUUGUGUACAAGAUCAGCUUUCAAGGUCGAGAGUAUAUCAAGAAGGAAAUUCCCGGUCCAGAUACUGUGGAUGAGUUCCUCUAUGAGGUCAACGCGCUUCACGCCUUAUCUGCUGCCAGUAGCGUGAUCAAAUUGGAAGCCAUUGUGAUGGAUGAUUCCCGUCAGACGGUGAAAGGCCUGUUGAUAUCCUAUGCUGAACGUGGAGCUCUAGUCGACUUGCUGUACGAUAACCAUGAAGACGAAUUACCAUGGGCAGACCGUGUGCGCUGGGCACGGCAGGCUGUUGAGGGAUUGAGUGAGAUUCAUGAGGAGGGCUAUGUGCAGGGUGACUUUACUCUUUCCAACAUCGUGAUCAAUAAGAACAACGAUGCCAAGAUCAUCGACAUCAACAGAAGGGGCUGUCCAGUGGGAUGGGAGCCCCCAGAAAUUGCGAGCAAGAUCGCUAGCAACCAAAGGAUAUCAAUGUACAUUGGGUCAAAAUCGGACCUGUAUCAGCUUGGAAUGACACUUUGGGCUCUGGCCAUGUGUGACGAUGAGCCUGAGAGGCACGAUCAGCCUCUCAGCAUGGAAAACAUGUCUGAUGAAGUGCCAGACUGGUUCAAAAUGAUCGUGAAGGCUUGUUUGAGCCGUCAGCCCCGAGAUCGGCCGUCAGCAAAGGAGCUGCUUCGCCAGUUUCCUGUUCUUCUGGAUGACAACAGUUCAUUCAGGAUCAGCUCGGUAAGCAAACCCAUUAGUGAACGUUUACCUAAAAGGUACAUAGAACCGUGUGCAGCCGUGGAGAGGGAGGACCUUGAGAGACUAGGAAGGGCUCGGCGAAGGAGCAAUUCCGAAGUCCCUUCAACUGAAGAUGCCUCCCUUAUUGAGCCGCCUUCAUCGAGCUACCACUUUGACAGCAGCAGCUCUUUUGUUGGUAUUCGAAGAGAUAGAAGAGCCUCCCCCCGGGCAGGGAAUGCAGAUAAUCAUAAUUCUGGACAUACGAGAGCUGACGAAAAUGAUGUUGAUGUUUGGGACGAUAGCGAUCUGCCACCUCGAAUUAUCUCUGUCUCUCCUGGCCGAGAACCUCGGUACGAAGGAGUUGAUAUAAAUGCUGCUCCAAGUCAGGAGCAUCAAUCUCCGGUGUUGCCUGCACAGUCGAGUCUCCCCCAGCAUCGUCUUUCUGAGCAGCCAUUUAUAUCUGAUGAAAAGAUCGCAUGGACAGCCUCCUCUUCGUGCUUAGACGGCAUCUCGGAAGUCCGGCACGAACCAGAUCCUCAAUCGGUUGAUGCAGACCUUGAGCUUCCAAAUCCGCAUCAGUUGCACGCAGAGGCUGCUACCACUUCCAUCACAUCCGAUAGCACCCCUCGGAAUGCUCAUUCGAUAAUGGCGACGUCCACAUCCUCGAUAGUUUCUCCGCCUCCACCUCCAUUGGAUCUUGCGAUAGGAGAUCUUGUCGGAUUUGGUGGACAUCCUACCCUUGAAGAAUACAGUCCGCAUGAGCCGAUGAAAGUUCCAGAUGCCCAGUCCUCCCUAUAUUAUGAUACUCAAGCACAGCAGCAAUCAACAGACUCUACAGAUCUCUCCUUCGCUGAUAAGGAACCACUACCUCCUGAUAGCAAUCAACCUACUAGCGACUUACUAACAACAGCUUUUUCUCUCCCUCGAAAUGGAUCGCGUUCUUCAGAUAUGAAUGAGGCGUCCACAAGCCACUUGCCCUCUACGGAUAUGACCGAUUUAACAACCAAUUUAACCAGUGUAUCAGAAUCAGGCGAUACUGUAAUCCCGUCUGCACCAGCACCGCAAGAGAACCAGUCUCUUCCGACCUUUCAUGAACGUCCUUUUGUUUGUCUACGCGAGAUAACACAGCCUCUUUGA